GCAAACCUAGAUCUGGGUUCUCUCUCAAACUUCAUCUUCUUCCUCCGUUCUUCCUCCCUGCUCAUCCUUAUUCUUUCUCUCUCUCUCUUCUCCCUUCUUCCUCCUCUCUCAAAACCUAGAUCUAGGUUUUUCUCAGUCGAAAUCAAUGCCUUCUGUAGCAACGAAUCAAUGGUAGGAAAAAGCUAGUGGUUUCUUUUAAUCAUGAAUUUUCUCGAUCUAGAGGGGCAUAGUGAAAUCUUGUCCAGAGAUUUCGAGUGUUGGCUUGAAUUCGUGUGUUUGGAUCAAAAUCUGGUUCCAGUGAACAUCAAUUUCAUGGGUAGUGGCCACGUCUUGGUCAAAGAAAAUGUAAGCUUUAGCUAUGAGAACUUAGAAGAGAGGAAAGGUAGGAACGAUUUCAAAAGGAGUUCGAGUUUGGAGAAUUUGCAAGGGGAAGAUAGUGAGGAAGUGAAUGUUGGGGCUGAAAGCGAGUACCCUAGGAGCUUGACGAACCGUUUCUUAUCAAAAAUGUAUACACAUUUUGCAAACAAGAUGAGCCUCAAUAGUGAUAAAUCUUGGUAGGAAUAAAAGAGGAAGGAGAAUGAGUGGCAAUCAAGGAGGAAGAGGGAGCUUGAGCAUUUUCUGAAGAUCGUUGAUUGCUCUCCCACCCUAGAAAGACCUUUGUAGGGUCUAUGGAAGGUGUUUUGAAACCCUCAAUCUACAUUAUGCUUGUCCAUUAAAGUUUUGAUUUUUUUUUUCGGUGUUCUAUGAUGCAACCGUAUUUGUCAUUAGCCAUUCUUGACUAUUUUAACACUAUUUUUUCCUCUUUGAUAUGCCACUUUUGAUUUGUUGAGUUUUAAUUUGUGCUUUAAAGUUCAACAUUGGGUUUACCUUUUGUUUGAGCUGACUUUUGUUUAAU